GAUCUUUUAUUUUUCCGUAGUGAGAUACACUGACAAUGAAAUCUAUUGAUAUCUAUUUAAAACCUAUCAACAUAGGGAUCAACUAAUUUAAAAGCACCAAAACAUAAGCUAGCUUCUUUAAGGAAAACUAUAUCAAACAUUGAUUCAUCAGUCAAACAUCUCACAUUCUCAGACAGUGUGAAUUGUGUGGAGCAACAAAGGAUACGGCUAUGACAAUUCACAAUUUGUAUAUCUUUUCGAAAACUGGUACAUUACUAUAUUAUGCAGAAUGGAACAGAUUGAAUAAAUCGGGAAUAACCAAAGAAGAGGAAGCAAAGUUAAUGUAUGGAAUGUUGUUUUCCAUAAAAUCAUUUGUAAGUAAAAUCUCGCCAUUGGACCCCAAGGAAGGAUUUUUGUAUUUCAAGACUAGUAAAUACACACUUCAUUACUUUGAAACGCCAUCAGGACUUAAGUUUGUCUUAAAUACCGACAAUGCAAGUCAGAAUGCUAGAGAAUUGUUGCAGCAAUUGCACAGAGAAGUAUAUUUGGAAUAUGUAGUAAAAAAUCCACUCUGCCAAUUAAAUGAACCUAUACAAAGUGAAUUGUUCAAAAUAAAAGUGGAUGAAUUAUUUAAAAAAUCACCCUUAUUUCUAAGUCGAUCGUUAUAGAUUGUAAAAAAUAUAAGACACUUUGAUAUAUAGAGAUGAGUUGAUUUUCCUUGUUU